AUGGGGGGAGCCCCAGGCGGGCGGGGUGGUGCUGUAACGCCUCCUCGGGCCCUGCCUUUGGUGCGCAGGCCCCGGCUGUGUCUGCUGCUGCUGCUGCUGUCCCUCCCUCAGCUCUGCCUGGAUCAGGAGGUGUUGUCUGGACACUCUCUUCAGGCACCCCCAGAGGAGGGCCAGGGCCCUGAGGGUGUCUGGGGACCUUGGGACCAGUGGGCUCCGUGCUCCCAGCCCUGUGGGGUGGGAGUGCAGCGCAGGAGCCGAGCAUGCCAGCUCCCUACAGCCCAGCUCCGACCGGGCCCGGCCCUCCCUCCCAGGCCCCCACGACAUCCGGAAGCCCUCCUUCCCCGGGGUCAGGGCCCCAGACCCCAGACCUCCCGGGAAACCCUCCCCCUGUACAGGCCACAGUCUCGGGGGAGGGGUGGCCCACUUCGAGGUCCUGCUUUCCAACUAGGGAGAGAGGAGACGCAGGAGAGUCAAGGGUCCCGGAGAUCCCGGAUUCGAGACCCCAUCAAGCCAGGAAUGUUCGGUUAUGGGAGAGUGCCCUUUGCAUUGCCUCUGCAUCGGAACCGCAGGCACCCACGGAGGCCACCCAGAUCUGAGCUCUCCCAGACUUCCUCUGGAGGGCAAGAGACCCUGCCAUCGCUGACUGCCAGAGCAGAGCCAUCCUCUGCACACCACCGCCCCCAAACUCAGAUCCCUCCCACAGAACCGGCUGCCUAUCCCUCACCUCCCACAGCAGAACCUCCAAGUCUCCAAAAUGCUCAGACAGAGAUGGCCCCCAGAGGCAGGCCUUCCCCCACCGAGUCCCACCCCAGAGCCCAGGCCUCACCAGCCCCCUCCUCUGCAAGGAGUGGCUCCUUCCACCUGUCCCCUCAGCCCAGAGCGCCAAGUUCCCAGGGCUGGGCCAGUCUCCGAGGAGCAGGGAGAAACCCUGGUUCUUUCCCUUCUGUCCCUCGGGGCCAAGGCCAGCAGGUUCGGGGGCACUGGAGACCUGGGGGGGAGUCCCCGAUGGAGUCUGCCCGCCCGCCUGAGGGCUGGCUGCCUCUUCUGAGUGGCAGUCCCCAGGCCAGCCCCCUCUGGAGCCUCUUUGCUCCCAGCAGCCCUGUCCCAAGAUGUUCUGGGGAGAGCGAGCAGCUGAGAGCCUGCAGCCAAGCGCCCUGCCCCCCUGAGCAGCCAGACCCCCGGGCCCUGCAGUGUGCAGCCUUCGACUCCCAGGAGUUCAUGGGCCAGCUCUACCAGUGGGAGCCCUUCACCGAAGUUCAGGGCUCCCAGCGCUGUGAACUGAACUGCCGUCCCCGCGGCUUCCGCUUCUAUGUGCGUCACACCGAAAAGGUCCAGGAUGGGACUCUCUGUCAACCUGGAGCCCCAGACAUCUGUGUGGCUGGACACUGUCUGAGCCCCGGCUGUGACGGGAUCCUUGGCUCUGGCAGGCGUCCGGAUGGCUGUGGAGUCUGCGGGGGUGACAAUUCUACCUGCCGCCUCGUUUCGGGGAACCUGACUGAGCGGGGCGGCCCUCUGGGCUAUCAGAAGAUCCUGCGGAUUCCUGCAGGAGCCUCCCGGCUGCAGAUCGCCCAGCUCCGGCCCAGCUCCAACUACCUCGCACUUCGAGGCCCUGGGGGCCAGUCCAUCAUCAAUGGGAACUGGGCAGUGGACCCCCCCGGGUCCUACGUGGCCGGAGGGACUGUGUUCCGAUAUGACCGUCCCCCUCGCGAGGAGGGCAAGGGGGAGAGCCUGUCAGCAGACGGCCCCACGACCCAGCCUGUGGACGUCUAUAUGAUCUUUCAGGAGGAAAACCCUGGUGUUUUCUAUCAGUAUGUCAUCUCUUCACCUGCUUCAGUCCUCGAGAACCCCACCUUAGAGCCUCCUGUCCCCCAACUUCAGCCUGAGGUUCUGAGGGUGGAGCCUGCUUCAGCACCCCGACCUGCCCGGACCCCAGGCACCCUCCAGCGCCAGGUGCGGAUCCCUCAGAUGCCUGCCCCGCCCCACCCCAGAACACCCUCGGGGUCUCUGACUGGAUACUGGAAACGCGUGGGACACUCCGAGUGCUCGGCGUCCUGUGGCAGAGGUGUUUGGCGCCCCAUCUUCCUCUGCAUUUCUCGGGAGUCGGGAGAAGAACUGGAGGAGCACAGCUGUGCUGUGGGUGCCAGGCCCCCCACCUCCCCUGAACCCUGCCAUGGUCCCCCGUGUCCCCCAUACUGGGAGGCUGGCGAGUGGACGUCCUGCAGCCGCUCCUGCGGCCCUGGCACCCAGCACCGCCAGCUGCACUGCAGGCAGGAGUUUGGGGGCGGCGGCUCCUCCGUGCCUCCGGAGCGCUGCAGCCACCUCCCUCGGCCCAACGUCACCCAGCCUUGUCAGCUGCGCCUCUGUGGCCACUGGGAGGUGGGCUCCUCCUGGAGCCAGUGCUCCGUGCGCUGCGGGCGUGGCCAGAGGAACCGGCAGGUGCGCUGCGUGGGCAACAACGGAGACGAAGUGAGCGAGCAGGAGUGCGCCUCAGGCCCCCCGCGGCCCCCCAGCAAGGAGGCCUGCGACAUGGGCCCCUGUACCACGGCCUGGUUCCACAGCGACUGGAGCUCCAAGUGCUCGGCCGAGUGUGGGACGGGCAUCCAGCGCCGCUCCGUGGUCUGCCUGGGGAGUGGGGAGGCCCUCAGCGCAGGCCAGGAAGCAGCAGGAGCAGCGACUGGAGAGCAGAGCUGUCCUCCAGGAAGCCGCCCCCCCGACAUGCGCGCCUGCAGCUUGAGGCCCUGUGAGAUGACCUGGUGCUGGUACACGGGGCCCUGGGGCGAGUGCUCCUCAGAAUGUGGCUCUGGCACACAGCGGAGGGAUGUCAUCUGUGUGUCCAAACUGGGGACUGAGUUCAACGUGACCUCUCCCAGCAACUGUUCCCACCUGCCCAGGCCCCCUACCCUGCAGCCCUGCCAGGGGCAAGCCUGCCAGGACCGAUGGUUUUCUACUCCCUGGAGUCCGUGUUCUCGUUCCUGCCAGGGGGGUGUACAGAUGAGGGAAGUCCAGUGCCUGAGUGCCAACCAGACCCUCAGCACCCGAUGCCCACCUCACCUGCGGCCCUCCAGGAAACGACCCUGUAACAGCCAACCCUGCAGCCAGCGCCCUGAUGACCAGUGCAAGGACAGCUCUCCACACUGCCCCCUGGUGGUACAGGCCCGGCUCUGCGUCUACCCCUACUACACGGCCACCUGCUGCCGCUCUUGUGCCCAUGUCCUGGAGCGGUCGCCCCCGGAGCCUGCCUGAAAUAGGUCUCCUCACAGCUUUCUGUGCCACCGUCGUUCACUCAUUGAGCAGCUGGCUCUCCAGCCUGUCCCAGUCUCACCAGUCUGACCGAAGGUGGCAAGGUGACUGACUAGACGCGUGAGUCUGUGUGGUGUGGUGUGUGCACACGUGCUCCAGGCGUGUAGCUAGAUCUGCAUGGAUCUGUGUGCGCUUAUGUGUGUCACUUCUCAAAAAGUCACCGAGGAGGAAACGUCUGAGGGGACGAUGCCUGUUCCCCUGAGAUGUCUCCAGGCUGAGGAGGAAGCAAGUUUGCAGUUCCUUGCUAAUCUGAGCUCCUUCGAGUGUGGUCUCCCCUCAGUUACAACUUCGUGCCCAGACAUCAUUUCUCAGGUUCAGGGCUCCCAUCUUCUAAACCACCCUCUGCCCCUGACACCUCCUCCUAGUCUCUCCGCCCUCCUCCCUAGUUAGCUGGGGAUGGGGUCGGCCAGGGCCAGUGCUGCCCUCCCCCAGGAAGAGACUGCCUCUCCCGAGCAGGGACCAGCUGGGCAGAGGGUGGAAAAGAGAAAUGUCAGCAUAAGACGCCCUCGCUCCUGCCCCCACUCCCCACUUUCUAAAAUGGUCCCCACCCCAGAACUAAUUUAUUUUUUAUUAAAGAUGAUGAUGACAAAUGA